AAUGUGAUGUUUCAACCAGAGAGAAACAUAAAAGCAAAUGCUUUGUGGGAUCCAGGGUCAAAGGUGACAGCACAGGAAUGGGUAGAAGGACGGGAAAUAAAAGGGAAAUGAAUAAUGAAGCAUACAGGAAAACUAAUGUUGAUGUUAGGAAUUAAAUUGUUUGGCUGAAAGCGAUCAGCUGCUUGCUCUCCAAGUAUUUCUUGCUAAAGGAGCAGUGACUUUGUGGCAGCCUAGGGUGACAUCUAGUGGCUAGAAUGCAGAAUCCAUGAGUUUCCUUUCAAAGCUCCUGAACAACAAUCUAAGUUGGAAAAGCAGCAUAUCAGAUGUCAGACGUUGGUUUGCUUCUCUAAAUUUGUGCAAUUCUUGAUCCACACAUCAUAAGAACUUCCUAAAAAAGGAAAAAUCUCAACAGGACUUUUUCUGGUAAUUGAAAUUAAUAAAAUAAAUAUUAGCAACCUAAAUUAGUGCAUUGAAAAAGCCAGAGAUUCACGCUGUUACAGACGAACCUUUAUCUUCUGUCUGAGUGCCACACUGUAACGAAUAUAACUGCUUAGAGCAUUUGAUUAUUUGUUAAGCUGUUUCAAAAAAAGGAAGUGGUGAGCGAACAGAGGAAGCCAAUGAACAUCAUUUUAAUGAUGCAAUAAUCUAGAGUCAACAUUUAUGUUGUUUUACAACUCAGCAAAGUCUGCAUACGGUUUGUAAGGAGAAAGACUAAAGUAGUAGAUCUGCUCAGAAACUUGCUGAAGGGAUCUUGACAGUUAUACAAACUGUGUUUUGCAGUGAUCAGUUUGACUUUGCUGUUUCCUAACCACACGUGCAUGAGGCUUGGUUAUUUGCUCAGUUGCUAGGGAGUUAUUGACGUCUCAAACAGUUAAAAAAAAUACCACGCCAGACAUACAGGGCAGAGCUUCCCCUUCCCCUUCACAUUUCGCCUCUGAAAGCAGAUGCAUCUCCUCUAGCACUUACGAAGACAAACCACAUCAGUUAGAGGGAUUUGCUGCCUUUACUGGCCCAACGGACACAUUGCUUUGUCUGGUGUCAAACACACAUGUAAGAGGAAGGAGGGGAAGCAUUGGUGAUUGCUACUGUGCAGCUCAAGGAGCAUUGCUGUAUGAAGAUGCUGGAGCAUGUGGACCCGCUCACUCCUAUGUUCUCGACUCCCUUCAGUUCCCACUUAUGAUUUAAGGAGAAGGCAAACCUGCAAAAGUUGUGAUGAGUAGCAACAUGAAGUGAAAUAGUCUGCUUUCCCAGAGUGUUUUUAUUAGAACAGCAUAAUGACUGUAAGCAGCAGUCAAUCAGCAGACCGGCUCUCAGCCAACCUCUCUUCCCCGUCGUGUGACUAUAAUUUAACCAGCUGGGAUCAAUCUAUGGACACCAUGUACACCUACUUCUACCUGCUGCUCUUCAUCCCGGGGCUGCUUCUCAACACCACGGCUCUCUGGGUCCUCUGCAAACAUUUCAGCAAGAAGACCAAGGCAGUGAUCUUCAUGAUAAACCUGGCUUUGGCAGACCUGGUGCACAUCCUCUCCCUCCCCCUCAGAAUUUAUUAUUACUUCACCCACACGUGGCCAUUUGGACAAAGCCUUUGCUUGCUCUGCUUCUAUCUCAAAUACCUCAACAUGUACGCCGCCAUUUUAUUUCUGGUGUGCAUCAGCCUGCAGAGGUAUGUGUUCCUCCUCAACCCGUUUACUGCCCGUCGGUGGAGGCGGCGCUACGACCUGCUGAUCAGUAUAGCUGUGUGGGUGAUUGUCAGUAUCUCUUGCUCACCUUUCAUCUUGAUGCGGAGCAGCGGAAGCAGCAACAACAACACGCCCAGCAAAACUCUAAAUGCAAACUUCACCCACCUUUCAAGCUCCACAAACCUCUACAUGCAACCAUCAUUCACACCUUCCAGCAUGUCACACCCCGAUUCAGUAACCCACAAAACAAGCUGUUUUAAAGACCUGCCGAUACGGAAGAUCUCCAUCCCUCUGGCUAUAACCAUGAUGACAAUGUGUGAACUGUUUGGAUUCCUUAUGCCCUUAAUCUGCAUCAGUUACUGUUCCUGCCGCAUAGCUUGGUCCCUCAACCACAGGAAAACAGAGGAUCAGCAGAACUCCACGGCUCCAAGCUCCUCCACUCGUAGCAGACUGCAGUCAAUCACCUCCAACGGUCAGGGAGAUAAGAACCAUGAAAAGCAUGUGAACAGUGAGAAGCGGCGAGCUCUGAGGAUGGUCCUGAGCUGCUCUGCUCUCUUUCUGCUCUGCUUCACCCCGUAUCACAUCAACUUCCUGCUCUAUCUGAUGGUUUCGCAGGACUUUGUCUUCCACUGUGCCACCAGGCUGGCGGUCAAACAGUUUCACCCAGUGUCUCUGUGCAUGGCAAGCAUGAGCUGCUGCCUCAAUCCGCUCCUUUAUUACUUCCUUAAUGCUGAAUUCAGAAUGCACCUCAGGCGCACCUCCUCUUUCUCCUCCUCUUUUGUCUCUUCUCCAAUCAGCUCUCCAAAACAUUGUGCUGCACAAGCCAGACUACUGAGGAUGGAGAGUUCCUGUUCAGAGCGGGAAUAGAGCAGGUCUGGGUCAGACGCCGCAGGCAUUAUAAAAGGAUUUUAACUGGAGUUUAUUCACAUAUAAUUUUUUUAGUCUGCAGUCAAAAACUUAACAGUCUUUUACCAAUAUUUUGAGAAAAACAAGCAAAAUAUUCAUAUAUUGCUUUUUAAAUUGAUCCACAAAGGUCUGAAAAGAGUUUUGUAUUAAUUUUUUAUAAACUCUCCUUAAAUGACUUCCUUUAAAAGCACCUUUGGUCCCCUGGGGUCCCAGUGUUGAUGAGAUCACUGAGGUAGACAGAGGUCAAAGUUGAUCAUGAAAUGUAAGCUUCCCAUUUAACAAAUAGGUGGAAAAUUUAUUAACUGCCAUAAUACAUGAUUCAAAGUUCCCCAUUUAAUAAUUAGAAAUACAUUGAAAUGAUGAAUCAGUUAAAGUCCUUUAAGAGAAUAUAUGUAUUUAGUUAUGAAUAUAGUUACCUCCCUGCGAUGGACUGGCAAUCUGUCCCAGGUGGAACCUCCCCCGUACACAGCUGGAGAU